GACUUGGCCGGCGAGCGCACAUUUUACUACUGCCACUACCGACUACUGGCAUUCUUCUACUAGUACUAGUAGUAGCUAGCUAGCGGUAGAUGAAUGACUCCCGGAAGGGAAGGGUUGCGUUCGUGAAACAUCAUAGGUUCAGGAUCUACAGCUGCCAGUGACGUUGACCGACUAGCACUCGGGACUGUGCGGGAGAGAGAAAAAUAACCUCAUCCGAGUUUUUGAAGUUGAACCAUUGGGCAUUGCAUUCGCCCAGCUAGUUUGUCUGGAAGAACCGCUAGAGCAAGUCAACCGUGAGUUUGAGGUAAAGGUUGUGGGCUGCGAGCCGCCAGUAGAUCUACUACUCUGAAACAUCGCGCAAGAAUCAACUUUGAAAGAACGUAACCAUUCGAGACUAGGAGUGACUUGUGGACAGGUGCUGCCGGGCGCUGCUGCUGUGAAAGAAGCGUUUGUGUGUCAGUCAACGCUAACGGCGCUUGACGUUGGGUGGAGAUUGAGUGUUGUCAAGCCUCGCUUGGAGUAACACUUCAUGGCUGUUUACUAAACUGAUAUCUGACGCGGGUGCUCCGUGUGACCGGUACAACGUGUACGCUGGGACUGCGCUGCUGCUCUCAAUCAACAGCUAGCGAUGGCCAGAAACGUUGGCAGAAAGGAGCUUUUACUGCGGAAGGAUGACUAUGAGCGGCAGAAGAACGUGCCAUUAGGUAUGCAGCUUGGUGUAGCACGUGAAACUGGGCAGGUUGCGCAGAACACAACUGUGCAUAUCCGCGUGGCCGAAGCAAAGAACCUUCCGGCCAAAGACAUAUCAGGGACAAGUGACCCGUUCUGCAUUCUGAGGGUGGAUAAUCAGGAAGUUGCAAGGACAGCUACUGUGUGGAAGAGCUUGUCUCCAUUCUGGGGUGAAGACUUCACGCUGCACAUACCACGCGGUUUUCACAACAUCAGUGUGUAUGUCUAUGAUGAAGAUCUCGUUGGUCAAGAUGACAUUAUUGGCAAGUUAUCAUUGAGUCACUCCACUGUCACCAAGUCUGUCAAAGGUGUGGAUGGGUGGUUUCCACUUCAGCCCAUUGUGAAAGAUGAGGAAGUACAGGGUGAUUUGGAGGUGGAAUUCAAACUGGAAGGCCAGCCUGGUCGAGAGUGUUUGCACGUCCAAGUCCUUCAGGCAAGAGAUUUAGCUGCUAAGGAUACCAGCGGCACUUCUGAUCCGUUUGUCAAGUUCACGUUUCGAGGACAGACCUACAAGACCGAGGUGAUGAAGAAGACAUUGUAUCCCAAGUGGUACCAAAGAUUCUCAAUUCCCUUGGCUACACCACUGCAAGAAGAUGAGAUGAUCAAUCUCGUCCUCUGGGACUGGGACAGGAUGUCGCAUAAUGACUUUCUGGGACAGGCACGUGUGUGCGUUGGCAACCUGGACAAGUCCAAUCCACGUAUUGCAUGGUAUCGGCUUGUUGCGAGGAAGUCUUCACCGAAUUUGAGCAGGACUAUGUCCCAAUCUCCGGAGGAUCUGGGUUCAUUGCGGAUCAUGGUACUGGUCCGUGAGGAUACCAUACUACCAUCUCAAUAUUACAAACCACUACUGGACCUGAUGGCCAAGUCUGUCAUGCAACCCUGGACCAAAUAUGCCAAUGUGGUAACGAUGUUUGAAGAGACGGCCGUCGCGGACAAGACGGAAAUGGCCACAAUCAUGAUCAAGCUGUACCUGGGACAGGGCAAAGUUGUGGAAUUCUUGGACUUCCUCAACCAACGUGAUCUGGAAACGAGUGAAAAAUCAACACUCUUUCGUGGAAACUCUUUUGCAACCAAAGCUAACGAUCAGUUCAUGAAGGUUGUCGGUAGUAAGUACCUGGAGCAAGUCUUGAAACCUGUCAUUGACUUGAUCUAUGACGAGAAGAAGAACUGUGAAAUAGACCCAACCAAGAUUGAAGUGUCUGGCAGACAAACAGCUGACAGUGCGAUCGAGGCAAAUGUGGCAACGUUAGCAUCGUAUGUCCUGCGUGCAAUCAAAGCCAUAUUUGGAUCUGUGCGUCAAUGCCCUCCUGUCAUGCGCCUGGCAUUCAAGAGGUUGCGCAAGCGUGUUGAGGAGCGCUUUCCGCUACAAGCAGCUGGUGACGAGAAUGUAUACUACCUGGCACUCAGCGGCUUUCUGUUUCUCAGAUUCUUUGCCCCGGCCAUCCUGUCUCCCAAGCUCUUCUUCUUGAAAGAUGCUCACCCGGACAAGAAAACAUCGCGAACACUGACAUUGGUAGCAAAGGCUAUCCAGAACAUUGGUAACUUAGGGGGCCAGCUGCACAGUGCCAAAGAGUUGUUCAUGAAGCCAUUACAUCCACUCAUCCGGGAUAACGUUGGCCAGUUGAAAGUCUUCUUGGAUCAGCUUGUGGACAUAUCUGAUUCUCUGGACGACCACAGCAUUGUGGGUUACAACUCGAACGCAACGUUAGUCAUCAAGGAAGGCCACCUCAUGAAGAAGAAAGGCUCUAGUCUUGCGCUGGAUGUUGUCGGCUCAAUGGCCAUGCAGCGGCGCUACUGCUGGCUAAGUCGCUUCACACUCAUGUAUGGAAAGAGUGCAGACGCCAAUGAUAAGGAUAAGCACAGCCUCAGCGUACAACGCAUGCUAGCUGUUGAACCUGUUGAUCCAGCGGCGUUUCAGACAACUAACACUUUUCAGAUUGUCUACCAACUGAUGCAGAACAAGAUCGAGACAUACUACUUUGUUGCUCGGGAUGUAAAUGAGCAGCAGCAGUGGAUAUCAAGUCUGAGGAAAGUCUGCCUGCAGAAUCGAGACAUGUGGCCGAUUUAUCACCCGGGUGCUAUGCGCAAGGGCAAGUGGACUUGUUGUCAACACACCGACAAGAAUGCUGUCGGUUGUUCCAAAUCUCACGGAGGUGUCAUUCUCGGUAACUACCAAGAUCCCUUGGAUCCUGAAGCCGAGGCUCAGACGGUCUAUUCACAGUUGUGGAAUGGCUUCCAAGCACUGCGCAGCAAAUACUGUCCAGAACGUCCAUUUCCUUCGCCGUCCAUCGCUAGCCCUUCCUUGGAGGCCGAUCAGUUCACUAUCAAUGUACCAUCUGGCUCAGGGACGCAACAUGCAAAGCCUGAGAGCUCAUCUGGAGCGCAGGCACGCAAGGAAUCAAUGCAUCAAGCCAUGUCCAACCCUGUUGCUUUCCGUCGUACUGGUGAUCAGGACGCAUCAUCCUCAUCACCCGUGCUAGGUACCGCCAUCGACCAGUCUACUCGUGUGCAAGCAUCAGUGAAGCAAGUGGAACCAAGCUCAUCUGGCAAUGUCCGCAUGCAUUUACAGCUGCGCCAAGCAUCGUUCAAGCAGGCAAUAUUACAAGGUGAAGGUGAAGGUGGUGGUGGUGAGGACACGGAUACUUGGCCGGCUGAUACGACAUCCUGCGAUGCACCUGCAGCUGCAGCUACUGUGACCUCUGUACAAGAUGAGCUAUCUCCUGUACUUGUUCUACCGGCCGUCUCAGCACUGUCUGGAGUACCAGAGGCCGAUGAGCAGCAGGAUGAGGGAAAUAGCUCGACAGCAGCAGCAACAACACCGACAAAGGCAUCACCCACUAGUGAUGCAGGUGAUGGAACACCAAAGCAACGUCGGAAGCGCUCUCUCCGCAACGUACUUUCAGAUGCUUUCACGGGUUCGUCUUCACCUGGAAGCUCGCCAAAGCUGCUGAGAUCACAAUCAGCGUCCUCACCCAGCAAGCCGCCGGCCAGCAAGCAAGAAGCUGGCCAGUCACCUCUCUUGCGCCGGGGAGCUACAUCAACGGAAGCACUACCUUCAGCUGGUAAGCCAUCGGUUGUGCGACUGCGGUCUUUGGGUAGUGUGGUUCGUACAGUUGAAGUACCAGCCGGUAUGGAGCUACCCGCAGAGGCUUCUAAUGCCAGUAAUGGUGCUAAUGGCGGCCUGCACCGACACCAGACAGCACCGGAACUUGGUAUUGUCAGCGAUGGCGACUCUACAAGAUGUCAUGCGCAUGAACUGCAUCCACAGUUCAGCAAUCUGAGCGUGAAUAGUCUAGACAGCCUGAUGUCCCCAGUCUCCACAACUCCCGGACAACACCAACACACACUACCAGCGUACGUAGCACACUUUGUGUCCGAAGACAACGACCAUCACUCACUGCCGCUACACCAACCAACACGUGCCAUGUCUGAGAUGCUACUGGAUGAGCUGGAACGCUUGUACAAUGCACAUACAGUGUAUGAAGCUAUGCCAAGACGCCUGUCUGUCCUGGAGUCUGCAUAGUCACACGCCACGUGCCCACAGAGUGACGGCCAUUGGGAGAGAGACUAUGGGCAAUCCGCACUGCAGAUGACCUCUGUUUCUCUCUGGUGGCCUACAACUGUACCGUGUUUGCGUGCGUAUGGAGAAAUAACACGUGUUCUACUGUACCGUGUAUGCGUGCGUAUGGAGAAAUAACACGUGUCUAUUUUUCUCAGUUUAGUUAGGUGCAACCGUCACAUGCUGUCUUCUCAGUUUAGUUAGGUCCAACACAUGCUGUCAUUUCAGAGUAGUGGCUACACUACGUUGUGAAACCUUUGUAAGUAAUUAGUUUGUAGAACCCAAUGAUGCACGGUUUCAGUAACCAUGCAGGAUGGUCGAUGGUUGAAUAUGAUAAGCCUUUCUGCAUGCGUGAUGUCCAUAAUCUAUGUCUAGAAGUGAUGCGAAGAUUCUGUGCUGGCACAUGCACACAAUAUAUUCUUGAUUUCUAGAGAUUAUACAGCAAAACCUCUUUAGUUCUAAACGUAAAUGCCGCUGUGCUGCUAUGUUAUACUACUAAUAUCUACAUGUUGUAUUCCGGUGGUGCAGGUAUUACGCGAUUCUGUGCACUGGCAAUAUGUACUCAUUGAUAUCUUAGAUACAUACUUUAAUAAUAAUAAUAUCUUUAUUAGGAUGACCCAGAGGCUUGUCGCCUAUUUGUGAAGGUAGAGGCAGGCCUGCGCGUCACUAUGGGAUGCUUAUUUUCGCGACUUUUUCCCGAAAGCUAUUGCUGUACAUUGCGCUUCCGCCUGAUUAUGGUUUGCAUUCUGGCGUUCAUUGAUAAAUCCCCUCUCAGCUUUCACCCCCGGCAUGUACUGAUCUCAGACACGAGUCCUGAUACGAGGUUUAUUCUUACAAACCGAGCUGGCGUGCUCCUUAGAAACUCAAACUAUAUGGAAUUUAUAUAUUUAGAAAUCUAUUAUUUCAAUAUCAAGCAGCAGUGGACGUGGAAUACUAGCGGACAGAAUAGA